AUGGACGCCCGCGCUUGUCAACCCAACUUGAACACCUUGGACGAGAAUUCGACAUCGGACAAACCCCUGGUCCCGGAACCUUUCUCCGACUUCCCUGAAAUUUUUGCAGGGAGUCUAGCCGACGACACAACCUCAUUCAAUGGCGACGCUCCUCUCACUGGCAGAUAUUCCGAGAACAAGAGCGGGAUUCUGGAAUUAAAGAAGCGACAUCUGGCCAACAUCACUUUUCUGGAGGCCAUCCGCAACUCCGUCCUCAGUAUCUAUCAUCUUCCGACGGAAAUUCUAUCGUACGUCCUACUUACCGCAGGGCGGGCAUGGGCUUCGACGGAGGCUAUCGGGAUGCUGCACGUGUGUCGACAUUGGCGGUCUAUCCUCAUGCAUACCUCCGAGUUCUGGGCAGACAUGGUCGCCUUGCCGGGGAUAAGAUUCGCAAAUGACAAAAACAAUCUCUUGAAUAUCCUUCUUGCCCGCUCUGGCUGUCAGCCGCUUCGAUUGUACUUUCCCCUCCGAGAGUUCAUCUUCGGGGAGCCGGAGCGGGCUCUGGCACCGACUCUCGCGGCACACAUGCACCGGAUAACCGACCUCACCAUGUGCUUCGCAUUGUCUACCAAAGAUAUCCAAUCGCUCACGGACGGGCGCCUUUCGGGCCUCAACACCUUGGAUCUGUCUUGCACCUGGAUGUGUAUUGAAGAACAAGUCCCGUCCCUCACGCACGAGGGCCGUUGCGCAGUGGAAGCGGCUCUCCCUCGUCUCCGACAUCUCAUCAUCCCAUCCUGGCUCUUCCCGUACUUCUCAGUUCAGUCAGUGGAGCAGCUUCAUAUUCGUAAACCCCUGCCAUGCAGCGAAGGACCUCGACCUGAGGAUCUCCUCGACGGUCUCAUCCGCUGCUCCGGGCGGCUUCGCUCGCUGAACAUAGACAAAUCCGUCUUACCCAACAAGUGGCCAUCUCGCACGGUCCCAUUCCCUAUCCUCGACGAACUCACGCUGGAGGAAUCGUCUUCGGAAACAAUUGCGUCUUUUCUAAGGCUCGUUCGUCUUCCCCCUACGACGCGCAUCGACAUCCGCUGCCCGCAGCCGGACUGGAACACCCCCGCGCUUGAGCGGCUCCGACAUGCUCUCCCACAGAGCAUCAGGGCGACCUCCGUAGACGCCGCCGACGAGCUUCGCAUCCACCAUCGCGCAAUGUCAGAGCCUGGCGUGAAGUGGGUCUCCCCGGCCCGCUGGUGGUACGAGGUGGGCAUACAGACGUACCAGGACACCCGUGAGCUCCUGUCAGUCACCUUCUCCAGCCUCGUCGCGACGGAGGUAGCGCCAGAUCGCCCGCGGCCCAUAACGUAUCUCCCCCGCUUGUUCGCUGGGGUCCACUCGAUCACGACGCUCCGCCUCGACCACUAUGUAGCAGGCCCCGGGGACUCCCCGGCAAUCUUUAAGGUCGUCGACGCGCUGCCGUUGCUGGCCACGUUCCCCCGCCUCAUCCGCCUCAGCCUCGGGCCGCCGCGAGGCGAUGUGCAGUACGAACGGUUCGUCCGCGCGCUCGCAGCCACGGAGCCGUCCUCCAGCGGUCCGGUCUGUCCUGCCUUGGAGGAGCUGGCCGUGGUGAGGGACGGGUCCAAUGCCAAGUUGGACAUCGAAGUCGAGGCCGCGCUCGGUGGCCCGGCAGCUUGCAUAGCAGCUGCGCUAGAAGAGCGCCAGAAGCGCUUGGGACGUCCGCUUCAGUCCUUCGUGGUGUCCUUGCUUCCCCUGGGGAACGCUUGCUAUUCCGUGCCGACGGACGUCAGUCAAAGAAAGCGACCCUGCGAGUACGACGAGAAGUUGCUGGAGGAGGUGCGGGUCCUUUACACGGGGCGUUUGUCCCACUGCGUGGAGAACAUUAAGGCGGUGUGGUUCCGCCCCUGA